AUGGAUGAAUUUAAAGCAUUAGAAGAUUUUGAACAAAUAACUAGUCCAGCCCAAUGCAAUAUUCAUUUGUUAUUAAAACUGAAAAUUAAAAAUUGGUCUACAAAAAACAAAAAUUAUCAAAUUUUGGCAAAACGUGUUGAAUUAGAUUUGCCCCCAAAACUGAUUGAAAAAGUUGAUUUUUCUUUCAAAAUUGAUGAAUCAAUUAUUAGUCAAGAUGAAGCUCAAGCCACAUAUAAUCAAAUGCAUCAAAUUACCAAAGAUUUUCGUACUCAAGCUAUGACACUAUGUGUUCAGUCAGCUGCUCGAGAAAAUGAAGUCUUAUCAGAUGAAAUUAAAGGUAUUGUUGAAAGAUUUCCUCAAGAUAAUGAUGAUGGAUUUGAUGCUGAACCUGGCUAUGCAGCUUUUAAACAAUAUCAUGAAUUUCGAGAAAAAAGAAUAAGAAUAGAAAUUGAACAAUCGCUUCAUUUUUUAUUCGAACAGCAAGUCGAGGGCGAUACCAACAAUCUCCAAAUUCAAGAAGAAACAAUCGCCCCGACUGUAAUACGUUCGUUGGGCGAGGAUUUCUUGCUCCAGCAAUAA